AUGAAAGCUUUUCAGAGGGGAAAUAAGAUAGUGUUUUCAAAGAACGAAAACUACAAGGAAAUGGAAAGAGCGAUACAGCUUUUGAGUGAAGAGUUUGAAAGAUUAAAGAACAUCUGUGAGGAUAGAGCAACAGAGACGUUUCCCGCGGAGGUGAUUAAAAGGAUAGUAGAGAAGGGAAAUGAGCUGAGGGAAAUGGGAAAGGACAUUGAGAUUCCUGAGGAUUAUAUGAGGUUUAUGAUUGAGGAAAAGAAUGUUUUAAGGUACUUCGAAGGAAUAGUACAAAAGGCAGAGAAGGAAGUGUGUAAGUAUGAGGAAAAGACCGAGCGCUUAAGAAAGUUUGCAGAGAUGCUUGAUAAUUGA